GAGAUGGUUUCCACACCUUGCCUUGGAGUGUCUUUAAGGAAGAGAAUUGUUUUGUCCUUCCAGGGAUCAGUGACAUUUGAGGAGGUGUCCUUGCAUUUCAUUGGCGACAACUGGGCCCUACAGAGAGCUCUGUACAAGGAAGUCAUGGUGGAGGUUCAUGAGACGGUGACCUCUCGGGGAGAUGUUUGGGGGAUCCAGGAUGAGGAGGAACCAUCAGAAGUUUGGCCAGAAAGAGCUGAGGAGCAAGAGAAGGAAAGGAAAUUGGGGGUUCAAGAUGGAGCCAACAAACAAGAGGAGAGAGAAACAUUGAAACCAAGGGAUAGACAAAGUGCUUCUCAAGUACAUGAAAAUCAAAUUAACAGAGUGGAGAAGAAACAUGAAUGUACCAUGUGCGGAAAGAGAUUCUGUAGUCACUCAGCUCUUACUAGACAUCAAAUAGUACACUCCGGUAAAAAACCUUAUAAAUGCAUGGAAUGUGGAAAGAGGUUUGCUCACAGUGACUACCUGACUAAGCAUCAAAUAACUCAUACAGGGGAGACACCAUAUAAAUGCAUGGAGUGUGGAAAGAGCUUCAGUCGCAAAGGCAACUUUACUAGACAUCAGAUAACUCAUACAGGGGAGAAACCUUAUAAAUGCUGGGAUUGUGGAAAGAGUUUCUGUGACAGUAGUACCCUUACUAAACAUCAAAGAACUCACACAGGGGAAAAGCCAUAUAAAUGCAUGGAGUGCGGAAAGAGAUUCAGUCAGAGUGCCUCUCUUAAUUUGCAUCAAAUAACUCAUACAGGGGAGAAACCGUAUAAAUGUUUGGAAUGUAGAAAAAGCUUCAGUGACCCUAGAAGCCUUCAUACACAUAAGAGAAUUCACACAGGGGAGAAGCCAUAUAAGUGCUUUGAGUGUGGAGAAAGCUUCAUGUGCAGCAAGUCUCUUAAUGUGCAUCAUAGAAUUCACACAGGGGGAAAGCCAUAUAAGUGCAUUGAGUGUGGAAAGAGCUUCAGUCAGAGUGCCUAUCUUAAGGUGCAUCAAAGAAGUCAUCAUACAGGGGAGAAACCGUAUAAAUGUUUGGAGUGUGGAAAGAGCUUCAGUUACCCUAGCACCCUUCAUAGACAUAAGAGAAUUCACACAGGGGAGAAGCCAUAUAAGUGCAUUGAGUGUGGAAAGAGCUUCAAGUGCAGCAAAUCUCUUAAUGUGCAUCAUAGAAUUCACACAGAGGGAAAACCACAUAAGUGCAUUGAGUGUGGAAAGAGCUUCAGUCAGAGUGCCUAUCUUAAGGUGCAUCAAAAAGCUCAUACAGGGGAGAAACCGUAUAAAUGCAUGGAGUGUGGAAAGAGCUUCAGUAAGAGUUCCUUUCUUAAGGUGCAUCAAAGAAUUCAUACAGGGGAGAAACCUUAUAAAUGCUGGGAUUGUGGAAAGAGUUUCUGUGAGAGAAGUACCCUUACUAAACAUCAAAGAACUCACACAGGGGAAAAACCAUAUAAAUGCAUGGAGUGUGGAAAGAGCUUCAGUAGCAGAAGCAAACUUACUUCACAUCAAAGAACUCAUACAGGGGAGACACCGUAUAAAUGCAUGGAGUGUGGAAAAAGCUUCAGUCUCAGCAGCUCCCUUAACAUGCAUCAUAGAAUUCACACAGGGGAGAAGCCAUAUAAGUGCUUUGAGUGUGGAGAAAGCUUCAGGAACAGUGCUCACCUUAAAAGACACCAGACACCUCGUACAGGGAACAAACCACAUGAAUGCCUGGAGUGUGCAAAGAGCUUUGGUCAAAGUCAACACCUGACUUCGCAUCAAAUAACUCAUACAGGGGAGAAACCGUAUAAAUGCAAGGAGUGCGGAAAGAGCUUCAGUUACAAACACAACUUUACUAGACAUCAGAUAACUCAUACAGCGGAGAAACCUUAUAAAUGCUGGGAUUGUGGAAAGAGUUUCUGUGAACGUAGUACCCUUACUCAACAUCAAAGAACUCACACAGGGGAAAAACCAUAUAAAUGCAUGGAGUGUGGAAAGAGUUUCUGUGACGGUAGUACCCUUACUAAACAUCAAAGAACUCACACAGGGGAAAAACCAUAUAAAUGCAUGGAGUGUGGAAAGAGCUUCAGUCAGAGUGCCUCUCUUAAUUUGCAUCAAAUAACUCAUACAGGGGAGAAACCGUAUAAAUGUUUGGAAUGUAGAAAAAGCUUCAGUGACCCUAGAAGCCUUCAUAAACACAAGAGAAUUCACACUGGGGAGAAGCCAUAUAAGUGUUUUGAGUGUGGAGAAAGCUUCAAGUGCAGCAAGUCUCUUAAUGUGCAUCAUAGAAUUUACACAGGGGGAAAGCCAUAUAAGUGCAUGGAGUGUGGAAAGAGCUUCAGUUACAGAAACAAUCUUACUAGACAUCAGAUAACUCAUACAGGGGAGAAUCCUUAUAAAUGCUGGGAUUGUGGAAAGAGUUUCUGUUACAGUAGUAACCUUACUGAACAUCAAAGAACUCACACGGGAAAAACCAUAUAAAUGCAUGGUGUGUGGUAACUUCAGUCAGAGUGCCUCUCUUAAUGUGCAUCAAAGAACUAAUACAGGAGACAAACCAUAUAAAUGUUUGGAGUGUGGAAAGAGCUACCGCAGCAGUAGCCACCUUUCUCGACACCGGAUAACUCAUUCAGGAGA